CAGCGCGUGCCUGCGCGCUCCCGGGCCCCGCUGCCCGGAACAGGGCGGGGCGAACGGGCGCCUCCGGCGACGGCAGUGGCAGUGGCAGCGGCGCGGCUGUCUAGGCCCGGCGUGAGUGUUUCCUUCCCCCCCACCCCGCCGACGUCCUCCGAACGGGGGCCAGGAUGAGCGGCGAGGACGGGAACGAGGAGUUCUACCGGCAGCUGCAGCUCCAGCAGCAGUACGACGCCGAGCCCAAGGGCGAAGGAGAGGCUGACCCCUUCACCUAUGUGGACCCGGCCGAUGGCGCCGCUUACGAAUGGGACCGGGAGAAGAAGGCUUGGUUCCCUAAGAUAACAGAAGAUUUCUUGGCGACUUAUCAGGCUAACUAUGGCUUCAAUGCAGAUAAUACAAACAGUUCAUCUGCUUCUGGCACAGCAGCUGAAAGUAAGCAACCAGUAAGUUCUAAGACAUCUGGCACCCAACCAUCAGCAAAUGAGAAAGGACCCCAACAAACAGACCCAAAACAAAAAUCUGAGAAAAGGAAGCUUGAGCCAGGAUGGUUUCAUGUUGAAGAAGACAGAAACACAAAUGUUUAUGUGACUGGUUUACCUCCAGAUAUUACAAAAGAUGAAUUUGUACAAGUCAUGUCCAAAUGCGGUAUCAUUAUGCGAGACCCUCAAACAGAAGAACACAAAAUCAAACUGUACAAAGACAAGGAAGGAAAUCUUAAAGGGGAUGGCCUCUGCUGCUACCUGAAGAGAGAAUCAGUUCCGCUGGCCCUGAGACUUCUGGAUGAGGCAGAAAUUAGAGGCUAUAAAUUGCAUGUUGAAGUUGCAAAGUUUCAGCUGAAGGGGGAGUACGAUGCAAGCAAAAAGAAGAAGAAAUGUAAAGACUACAAGAAGAAGUUAUCUCAACAGCAGAAACAGCUGGAUUGGAGGCCUGAGAAGAAAGACGGCGCAACUCGAAUGCGACACGAGCGCAUCGUUAUUAUCAGGAAUAUGUUUCACCCUAAGGACUUUGAGGAGGAUCCCUUAGUGCUAAACGAGAUCAGAGAAGAUCUACGGACAGAGUGUGAAAAAUUUGGUCAAGUAAAGAAGGUUCUCAUUUUUGAUCGACACCCUGAUGGUGUGGCUUCUGUGUCCUUUAAAGAACCAACAGAAGCUGAUGUGUGCAAGCUAACAUUAAAUGGAAGGUGGUUUGGUGGCCGUCAGCUCAGUGCUGAAACGUGGGAUGGUGUCACAGAUUAUCAGGUGGAGGAGACUGCAAGAGAAAGGGAAGAAAGGCUCAAGGUGUGGGGGUCAUUUCUAGAGGAUCCUGAUGCAAAGGAGCAGCAAACUGCAUCUGAUUCUGAUUCCACAACAAGUAGCCUGAAGCUGCCUGAAGGUGGACAGCCCUCAAAAGGGAACGAGGCGUCUAAGGAGGAUGGAAAUGAUGAAGGCCCUAAGAGAGAGAAUAAUGGUGAGGGCACUGAUGAAGAUGGUGCUCCAUCAACAGACAGCAGCCUUGCAGGCAGUGAUGGUGAAGCAGAUACAUAACAGCUUCAAUGCUCAGUGGGAGCAUGGGGGUUAGGGUGAUGUUUGAGUUGAUCCCUUUCUUUAGGGUGACUGCCGACACUAUUCAUAUGAAUAUCUGCAUCUUAGAGUUUCAUCCACUGUGUGCUUUGAAGUCUUCAUUAAAAGCAGUACUUGAUAAGGUUCUAAAAGUCUGUAUUAAUAUGGCUGUUCAGGUAAAGUAACUCAAGUUGCCAAGAACACAGUAAAACUCAUCAGGCUUCUUCUGUUUUAACUAUUGCUUGUCAGUGUUCCGUUCCGUAAGUGUGAAACACCUUCCAAGCCUUCAGCUUAUGUAACUCUGUGUAACUUAAUGCAAAGCUAAUGCAAGAGUUGUGAGUUUUACUGUUCAUUUUCCUGUACUUCUUGGAACUCAGUAUCUCAUCCUUAACAAUUGCCCCCCCCUUGUGCUGAGUACUUUAGAUCAUUUUGCAGCACAGAUGCUGUGGUACCUGUAGGGUGAAUGCCUUAGAUAUGUUGCUAUGUGUUAAGUAGCAAAUGCUAAGAGUAGUACCAAGUCACAACCUUAAAAGGGAGUGGAAAACAAUGUUGCCAUAGCCAUGAUAAGGCAGACUGGUUGAAGAUGGCUUAGUAAGUCACAGCAUUCCAUAAAUUACCAUUAUUCUUUCCCUCUUUAGAUCUGUUGAGGCUGGAAUUGUCAAGGAGACCAAGAGAUGCAUGAACACACACAUUAUUAGACCAUAGUGAGAUAAGGCUUGAUUUUGAGCUGUCAUGCUCUGUAUGCAGUAGGUACACAAACCAAGCUUUUGAUUUUGUUUAGUUCUUGCAUUAGUUUGAUGCCAGCAUAGAAGUUUCCAUUAAACUUGGUUAGGAUGAUGAGUUCUCUCUGCAGCAUUUUAGUUUAGCCUGACUUGCUCUUCUGAGUGGGGAGGAUCUCCCAUAUUUCAUCAGAUUGAAAACACAAGCUUUUGAUUUUGUUUAGUUCUUGCUUUAGUUUGAUGCUAGCAUAGAAGUUUCCAUUGAACUUGGUUAGGAUGAUGAGUUCUCUCUGCAGCAUUUUACCUUGGCCUGACUUGCUCUUCUGAGUGGGGAGGAUCUCCCAUAUUUCAUCAGAUUGAGAGGCUUUUGGCAACUUGAACUACAUUUGUUGUGCAAAAAAAAGAGUAGGAGACUUGAAAAUAUGCUCACAAGUCAUCUUUUUUAUGGGGAAAAGCCAAUAUUAGCCCUCUUAGAAAUGCUUCCAAAAAGCAAAGAUUUAAAAGACCUUCUGGCUUGAGAUAUUUUAAUCAAUGACAGGCUUUCAAAAACAACUUUGAGGGACCUGCUUUUGGGCAUAGCCAUUAAUUUAGAAUCCCAUUGUCUUGAUACCUAAAGGUAGAAAAAUGUGGAUUUAGGCACUGAAGAACUAAAAUCUUGCUGCUCAGUUCCUUAGCACGCUGUUCAUAUGGAUAAUUGCUAAUGCACAUUUGUAAGGAGGACCUUUUGAACCUUUUUAAUUCAUAUUGGAUUGCAAGAAACCCAUAGAUGCUAAUUCUUGUCUUUCCAUCCUGAAGUAUUCAGAAUACUCUGAAAAUUGGUAUUUUUGUGCUCUGAGAUGAUUAUAUUUUGUCCAGAGGAGGGUGUGUGUGUAUGUAUGAUCUUGGAGGUUGUUUUGUGUCUUCUUGUGGCUGUUUUGGUUUAUUUUAACUCUGGAAUGUAAUCUGCGUGGGUAGCUAUUGCCAGCCAGAACCAUCUGAGUUAACACCACUGUGGUUAUGAAUGACAUCUUUCUGUGACACUUGGAUUCAGGAUGUCAGAGUCUGGGAGCUCGUUACAGGCUGGUGUGACAAGCUGCCAGUUUGGAGCUGCAUUGUACAGAAGAGCUGUGACUCCCUCCUGCUGCAACAGAAACCAUUCGCUCAUCUUUACAAGUGUGGACUGCAUGGUUCAGCAAAGCAGCUGUUGGAACAGCUCAGGUCACCUGAAGCACUGCCUGGUUUGUAGCUGCACACAGUGGCAUAUUCAAAUUACAUCUCUUGAGUUGUGUUGGUUCUGCCUUAGUUAUUUUUAUUGCUAAUGAGCACUGCAGACCUUUGAGGUUGGAAGUGUUUGCAUAUGAAGUGUCAUUUAGCGUGGUAAGUGUUGCUUUCAGUGCUGGGUUUCUUUUUUCCUUCCAGCUUCUAGUCUCCAGGCUUUAGAUCUGAUAAACUGUUGUGUUCUGUUAGUUUGGGUGGUUUGGUUUGUUUUGUUUUUCUUUUAAGAGAGCCUAAUCAUAUAACACUUGACACAGUUAAAGCACCUGUUUGGCAGUGGAACUGCAACUGAUCUGAGGAAACCAUUGUCAAAUGUAUAGAUAUUGUACAGUUCUAUGAAGCCUUAUCAUGGCAUUGAGAUAGAAAACAAGUAAUAUUAGUGUUUUGGGGAGAAAAAAGACUUUGGACAAAAAGAAAUAAAGACUCAUAUGUGCAGUAA